AUGUCUGAGAGCACCUUCAAGAUCCUUCUCACGACCGACAACCACCUCGGCUUCGCUGAGCGCGACCCCAGACGAGGCGAUGACAGCUUCACCACCUUCGAGGAGGUGCUGCGCGCUGCGCGCACCGAGCACGACGUGGACGCCAUGCUCCUCGGUGGCGACCUUUUUCACGAAAAUAAACCCAGUCUCGGUUGCCUCGUCCGCACUUGCUCCCUUUUCCGCAAGUACGUCUUCGGCAACAAGGCCGUGCCCUUCUCGCUGCUCAGCGACCCCGCGUCGAACUUCCCGACGCACGCGCUGCCCAUGGCCAACUUCCAGGACCCCAACGUCAACGUCGCGCUGCCGGUGUUUGCUAUUCACGGCAACCACGACGACCCCGUCGGCGGCACCUCAUCGCUCGACCUGCUCGCAACCAACGGUUACCUCAACUACUUUGGCCACGUCACCUCCCUCGAAGACAUCAUCCUCGAGCCGGUGCUUCUGCGCAAGGGAAGCACCUUCAUCGCCCUCUACGGCCUCGGUAACGUGCGCGACGAGCGACUGCAUCGCUGCUUCCGGCUGAAGAAGGUUCAGUUUGUCUAUCCGAAGCCGGUGCCUGGCUGCAAGUGGUUCAAUAUCCUGCUACUGCAUCAGAACCGCGGUGCGCGUGGCGUGGCGAGCAAAAACGGUAUCAUGGAGGGAAUGCUCGCCGGCUUCGGCAUGGACCUCGUGAUCUGGGGCAACGAGCACGAGCAGCUCAUGGUGCCGCAGCCGGCGGACGGCUUUGAUGUGGUGCAGCCAGGCAGCACCAUUAUGACAUCCCUCUCCGCGCAGGAGUGUAACCCAAAGCAGUACGGUAUCCUCGAAGUACGCGGCACAUCGUACCGGCUCACUCCAUACACGCUGCGCAGCGUGCGUCCAGUCGUGCGACGCACGGUAGAGCUUCGGCAGGAUCUGCCUGACGGCCGAACGCUUGAUGCGGUGGAGACCUUCUUGCACAGCGUGAUGAGCGAUAUGAUCAGCGAGGCCGAGGAGCACGUGAGCCACAUCCCCGAUGACGUCCUCGCGUUCCAUCCCAACCUGAAAUAUCCACUCAUUCGCUUGGCUGUGGACUUCACCGACGUCACGUCUGCGCCGUACCCGCAGCCAAACUUCAACCGCUUUGGCCAGCAGUACAUGGAUGUCGUCGCGAACCCAGGCGAGCUGUUGCGGCCGGUAAAACCGAAGCCGGAGCGGCGACCUGGUGGCGGUGCUCUGGGCACGGCCCUCGGGCCUGGCGGCGUUGCUGCGAGCGGCCUCAUCGUCCCCGCAGCGCCGCAACUCAACACGCUCGACAUCCGCGUGAAAGUUGCCGACGUCUUCAACCACAACACGACGAACGCGUGCACGCUCCUCUCCGAGGCGGAGCUGAGCGCCGCCGUCUACGCCUUCGCCGAAAAAGGCGAGCGGGACGCGAUCGAUGAACGGCUGAUGGAGCUGUUGCACACCUCGCAGAAGUCGGUGUGGCGCCGGCUAGGGAACGGCGCGAACGACUCCAUCUUGAAGCCGGACCGCGUUGCGGAGGAGGUUGCCACGCACAAGCGUCACGUCAACGAGCGCUACGCGCGGGCUGCUCAGCUGGAGGAGGCACAACAGCAGCAGAUGGACGACGCUAAAGAAAAUGAAGACGACGGCGUCGCUAAUGAGCGAGAAGGCCGAGGUGGCGCUGCUUCACCAUCGCUGCAUCAAGCGGCGCGCCGACGUGAGCUCGAUGCCUUCGAGAUGAUGCGCGUCGCCGCUCCUCCCGCAGACCUCACCACUAGCCACAGCGGCAGCGGCAGUGAAAACCAUUUCCAUGGUCAUUUUGCGCAAACGCCCGUCUCGCGUCUGGUGCAACAUGCCAUCCAACAAGGAAACGAAAAUGACGUGGACGCAGCGGUGGGCGCACCGGGCCAGCGAGCCCGUCGGUGCAGCGGUGUCUUCGUCAAGGCCGGUGCCGACGGGGACGGCCAAGACGAUGAGAGUGAGGAGCUUCCUGAUGAUGGGCUGGAUCGAAUGCCGAUCGACAGCGUGAUUGCGCAGGCGGUGCAGCAGGUGUACCCGCCCUCGAAGAGAGCGCGAAGCGCUCACGUUUGCGACGUGGAGGCCAUUUCGACUGGCGACAAAGGCUCGAGCUGUGGCGUCGGUGGUGGCGGUCCUCAUGAGGCCAGCACCGUGCACGUUUUCGACGGAAACGACGAUGAUGGCAGCAGGGUGCACGGCAUCUCUAGGCGCGGCCGCGCUCGCAAUGAAGCUGGCAAUGCCGGGAAGGCUCCCGCCCCCGCUAAAAAACAGCAGCGCACCACCAGCGCGCGACGCGGCGGCGGCGGUGGCAGUGCUGCAGCUCGCCAAGGCGCACUAUCGGCAGCCAACGCGGGCUCACUGAACGCGGCGUCGGCGACGGCAGCUGACGCAGGCCCUACGCUGACCUUCGUUGCGCAUCAGGGGGUUUCGGCGGUGCUGCCACCUGGAAACAGACCGGCCACGGCCACCAGCAGCGGCGGUGUCGGCGCGUCAAAGGGAGCCAUGGUGAAUCUUCUGUCCAAGUGGACCGGUGGAUUUUAG